AUGGCUACCGCCCAGGAACAGGACAUUAUUUGCUGUCACUUGUGUCCCAAGCGUGUAGAACAUCACUGCAAUCUUUGUCAUGUGGACCUCUGCCUCACAUGUGUACCAAAUCAUAUGGCUGACACAUCUAGGGAUCAUGAAAUUGUUGGAUUCACUUUUUCUGGAAAACUGAAAAUGAUGGAUGACCCUGUGGUUCUUAAAACUGUUCAAAGUCCUUAUGGGGGUAAUCACUGGCUUUGGAGAAUACAGUGUGUGGGAAGAGAUAAGAUCUUGGUUUGUGGAAGUGACAGUACAAUCAAAGAAAUAGACAAGGAUGGAUCCAUUCUAAACACAAUACAUACAAAUGGUAAUGUUUGGGCAUUAUCAAUUAAUUUUCUUCAGGAGCCGGUGUUUUUUACGGUAGGCAUACAUAAAAAAGAUGUAUGUAUUUAUACUAAAAAUGAAGUCAAAGUUUUGUUAAGCAUACAUGACUGGUAUUGUUAUGGACUGAACUGUACAGUAAAUGGGGAUCUGCUGGUAAGCAUGCGAUCAACAGAUUGUACACAAAGUAGAGUAGUGAGAUACUCUGGGACAACAGAGAUUCUGAAGAUCCAGUAUGAUAGUCAGGGUCAACCUCUGUUUUCUAGUUUUGAACAUGUGCUUCUUCUGACUGAGAAUGGUAAUGGUGAUAUUUGUGUUGCUGACCGUGCUGGGCAUGCUGUUGUGGUAGUGGAUUCUACUGGGGGAUUACGAUUCAAGUAUAAAGGAAACCAGUCCAAACAUUCAAUGUUCGCACAAUUUCAUCCAAUGAACAUUGCCACUGAUGUCAACACUCAAAUACUGAUUUCUGAAGAGUCACAGAACAUUAUCCACAUUAUAGACUGUGAUGGUAACUUUGUGCGUUAUAUUAAACAUCCGUGUAAUGGAGGAUUGAGUGUUGAUGCUGAUCACAAUCUUGUUUCUGGGGACAUUUAUACAGGCGAGAUGAAAAUUAUCCGAUAUUUAGAGUAA